GGCGCAGUGUAUUAACAUGCACCGUAGGCACAGACAAGUAAGAGAAUCAAAUAAAUAGAGUCAGUUUUAUCAUCUUUCUUAUCCAUUCAACAAUGUCGCUUCUGCAACUCCCCGCUAAGCUCUCAUCACCAUUCUUCACCGGAAAUGGAAUCGGCCUCAACCGUUUCUCAAACCCCAUUUCCUCUCCCCAAACCCAAACCCAGACCCGUUCUCUUCCGUUUCCGGCAAUCAAAGCUAUGAAAACAAUGGAAGGAAAGGUCGUAUGCGCCAGCGGCAACAAGACGGUGGCGGUGGAGGUUACCCGUUUGGCACCUCAUCCGAAAUACCAAAAGCGAAUCAGGCUGAAGAAGAAGUAUCAGGCUCAUGAUCCUGAAAACGAUUUCAAGGUCGGUGAUAUUGUUCAGCUUCUUAAAACUAGACCGAUUAGCAAGAAAAAGACCUUUCUCGCUGUUCCUGCUCCUUCUAGGAAAUCAAAGAAGGCUGGUUCGUCUGGCGAGCUUGGCAUUCCGCUUCAGUCUCAGCAAGAGUGAAAGGAACAGGCUCAGGAUUAGGCUUGCAAUCUCUUACUCUUGCUCUUUAGUUUUAUCGCUAUUUUUUUGCAAUGUUCUUAGGUUAUGUAAUUUGCGUUGUAAUUUUUAUUGUGAAAAUGUUUGUUGGAUAUGAUGUGAGUUGCAGUUGUUUUGUGUACUAAUAUGAAGAAAUUGGAAUUGAGAAAUGAAUGGUGUUGUUGCUUAUUGUGAAAAAAAAAGCUUAAUUGAUUA